AUGGAAAGGCAAAUUGGACAACUCUCCAAGCAGAUCACCAUUGAAAGGUCAUCAAACUCACUACCAAGUGACACCAUUCCUAAUCCUAAAGAGGAGUGCAAGACAAUUCAACUGAGGAGUGGAAAAGUCCUGGUGAAAGAUGAAGAAGCAACCAAGGAGCCAAAGGAAAGUGACAAGAAACAAGCUGAAGAAGAGAAAGUCAAUGACAAGAAGGAGACAGCAAGCAAGCAAACUCAGAAUCAAGCUCAAGAAAAAGAAGAUCAGCCACAAAAAUCAAGAAAGGGAAAGGAAGUAAUUGAAGAGCCAACUAAGGACCAAAGGCAAGGGAUGAACUUCACUCCACCCUUGCCAUAUCCUCAAAGGUUCAACAAGGAGACUAAGGAUCAACACUUUCCAAAAUUUCUUGAAAUCUUCAAGAAGUUAGAGAUCAAUAUCCCCUUAGCUGAAGCACUUGAGCAAAUGCCCCUGUACGCAAAAUUCUUGAAGGAACUUAUCAACAAGAAGAGGAGUUGGCAAGUCAAUGAAACUGUACUGCUCACUGAGGAAUGCAGAGCACUCAUCCAGAAGGGACUUUCUCCCAAACUCGAGGACCCUGGGAGUUUCUUUCUACCCUGCGCCAUUGGCAGUAUGACCAUCAAGAAGGCAAUGUGUGACUUGGGAGCUAGUAUCAAUCUAAUGCCUGCCUCUCUAGUGAAACAGCUAGGCAUAAAAGAGGUGAAACCAGUUGAGAUGUCUCUAGAAUUGGUGGACAAAUCAGCGAUAUGCCCUAGGGGUAUAAUUGAGAACCUUCUAGUCAAGGUAGACAGAUUCAUCUUCCCUACAGAUUUUGUGAUCCUGGAUUCGAAUCAGGAUGAGGGCAACUCCAUUAUACUGGGAAGACCGUUCUUGGCCACUGCUAGGGCCAUCAUAGACAUAGAGUAA